GAAAAUAGAAAUCAGUUUCCUCCUUGAGCAAGAAAUGCUGCCCUUUUAAAUUACCCCCAACAACAAGCUGAGAGAAGAUAAAAAAUCAAAAAUCAAAAUUAAGAUCUAUAGUAAUUGAAUCAUCAAUCAAUCAGGAUAAUGGCGUCUUCUUCAGAGGAGCAAUUGAAGUUGAAAUUACAGGAUUUGCAGAAACAAAUUGGGAAAAAACUAAUGUUUGAAGAAGCUGUUUCCAACAUCAAAUCUUUGAUGAUCGAAAAUUAUUCCUCUGCUUCUCCAUAUCUUCGCAACCUGAUAUAUUCCGUGGUUUGUCGUGUUGCUACAGUUUUACAGACUAGAUAUACAGCACCUGGGUUCUGGUUUGCUGGUAAAGAACUUUUUGAACAAGCCGAGCAUCUUGUUACUGAAUCUUCUGAAAGGCAACAUUUGAAAUCUUGUAUUGCUAGAGCUCGUGAACAUUUGCAUGAGAAAGAGAAUCUGCCCGAGGUUUCGGAAGCCAACAGAGGUCCAUCAAGGUAUCUUUUUGAAGGGCAUCUUACUGUGGAUGCUGAGCCACCAAGACCUCAAUGGUUAGUGGCGCAAGAUUUUCUUAAUAUUAUGGCAGCAGGAGCAGGAAUAUCUCAAGCAGCAAGAGAGAGCUUUAACACAACGGAAGCUGCUUCCUCUCUAAUGGCAGAUUUGGCUGCUAACCUGCCACUGGGCGAAGGCUUUCCGGACCUGGAUGCUGCAAUUGAAGCUUCACUUCAGGUAAUUGGUGCUGGACCCCAAAGACCACCACCGGCUAGUAAAGAAGUGGUCCAGAAGCUUCCCAUAAACACUGUAACAGAGGAAACAUUGGCGAAGCUGGAAAGUAACACAAAGUGCUCUGUUUGUCAAGAGGAAUUGGUCGUUGGUGACAAGAUGCAGGAGUUACCUUGCAAACACUUAUAUCACCCGCCUUGUCUAAAGCCUUGGCUGGAUACGCAUAAUUCCUGCCCAGACUGUCGAUACGAGUUGCCAACAGAUGAUCAAAAUUAUGAGAGUAGGAGGGAGAGAGAGAAGGAAGAUGAAGAAGAGCGCAAGGGAGCAGCAAAUGCCUUGCGUGGUGGUGAAUUUAUGUAUGUUUGAAUUUUAGCCUGCGGAUGGAUAUUACGAUGUCUUCGAAGUUAUUGUGAACUUUGGUGUAAUUUUAAGACAUUUAAAUACAAAUAUAUCUGUUUAAAUCGGAUUUUACAAACCCCAUUGCAGUUCUCUAUUUGCAAAA